GGAUGCAACAUCAUAUUACUUUCAGUUUUACUACAAAAUCUCCAGGAGAUCAAUUAUAUUCCUGGAAUGCAACAAAUACUUAAUAAAGAAAGGCAAAGAGUUUCUGGGAGUCUCUUUACUGUAUUUAGAAGCCAAGAGAGAAGAAGUUGUUGAAAUUGAAGAAAGAGUAUUGAAGUGAAAGCAACAGAGGCCUCUUGUUGAAAUAAACCAACACCAAAAUCAUUGGACCAAGUUUGUGGGGAAGCACAUGGGCUUAGUUUGCAGCAGCAGAGAGGAAAUGCAGAAAAUGAAGAACCUUGGCAGCAUUGGAAGCAGUGGGAGGCUAUCAGCAGAAGAGUAUGAGGAUGAAGAUAUUUCAAAGCUCGCCAUCUCCACGUUUCAGUCUAAGGAAGAAGAAAUUGAGAGGAAAAAAAUGGAGGUGAGAGAGAAAGUUGAACUCCAACUUGGUCGUGCUGAAGAAGAGACUAGGCGCUUGGCACACAUUUGGGAAGAGCUUGAAGUGCUUGAUGAUCCCAUGAGGAAGGAAGUUGCAAUGUUACGCAAGAAGAUUGACUUGGCUAACAGAGAUUUGAAGCCACUGGGACUUAACUACCAGAAAAAGGAGAAAGAGUGUAAAGAAGCCUUGGAAGCUUUCAACGAAAAAAACAAAGAGAAGACUCAUCUUGUUGCUACACUAGUUGAGAUGCUGACUGAGAGUGAAAGAAUGAGGAUGAAGAAACUGGACGAGCUAUGCAAGACAAUAGAGUCUCUGUCUUUGAAACCAUAACUUAUGCGUGUGUGUGUGUGUUGCGUUUACUAGCUUGGUCUAUUCAAUUUUUCAGUGGCUUGUGUUUAAAUGUACUUGCAUUCUUAUUAUUCAAAAUUAAAAAUGCCUUGUGGACGUCACAUCGAGAGAAAAAAAGGGGGAAAUUUGUCUAUAUUAACAAAUGAAGUAUUAUUUUAU